AUGGCGAAUCAGGUUGUGGACUACUAUCUCACGCUCGGCAUGAAUACCGAGACUUCAUUUUAUAAAGUGAAGAGAGACUGGGUUAUUAGGUUCAAGCUUGAUGAAACACUUAUUGGAAAAAAUGUACGAUUUUUUACAAAUUAUCCUGUGAGUGGGAAGGAUUUUGUUCGCACGACGUUUUAUGAAAUCUCCAUUACACUUCCAAAGCCGUCUUUAAAGAAGCUAGACCGUUUUGAUGACUACUUUGUUCUUGGACCCAUACAAGUCAGCGGCGCUUUCCAUUUCGCCUUCACAACUGAUGGCUCCACCUUUAAACAAGAAAUGAGUGGUGGCAAAGAGCUAAAGACAUCUGGCGGACAGGGGUAUUUUGUCGUUGAGAGUCGUUUCGCUGUGGGUGACCCUGAGGAUCUUGAUCGGUUUGCGCAAUGGGAUCUUGAAGGCGUGGUUUUACAGACUUAUGUUGCUAAAAAUUUGGGCCCUUUUUCCGAAUGGCGUGAUCGUCUUAGAGUUGCGCAUGAGUGCGGUUACAACAUGGUUCAUUUUACUCCAAUUCAGGAGUUGGGGAUUUCGAAUUCGGGAUACUCCCUCAAGGACCAACUUUCAGUUAGCUCGGCCUUUUCGGACUCUUCAGCUAUCAAAAAGGUCGGUUGGGAGGAUAUUGAAGAGCUGGUAAAGGAAAUGGAAACCGAGUGGUCAAUUCUAAGCAUGUGCGAUCUGGUGUUGAAUCAUACAGCAAUUAAUUCACCUUGGCUUCAUGAACAUCCAGAAUGCGGUUACAAUUUGGAGAAUUCGCCUCACCUUGUACCUGCUUUCCUCGUCGAUCAAGCCAUCUGGAGGGCCACUUUAUUUUGUUCUGAGGGUAAACUGGUGAACAAGCACAUCCCUCCAGAAUUUGGGACUGGCGACACUCAUGUGGAUGCUCUGCGUAGUUACCUCGUUGACCAAUUUAAGGAUCUCAGACUACACGAGUUCUACCAAGCAGAUGUUGACCUGGUGUCCGAGGAGUUUAAGCAGUGGCUCAUCCUUGAAUUGCCUCAAUGA